CACAUUUGGGAAAGUCAUCCGCUUGAUAUUAUAUAAGGAAACCGUGUCGGGAAGCUUUCACGAGAAUUUUAUCUUCCGUCAAAAUCAUCCAAAACUAAAGAUGUCACCUUUUAUGUCCCUUGUCGCACUGUUGUCUGUUGUGGUUGCCCUGACCUUUGUCCAAGGCGCCAUGGGAUUUCCAUAUGUAAAUAACGGUAUGGGCAAUAUGGGCAUGUUGGUGAUUCCUGUCGGGCGUGCAGAGGAACCAAUGAGCCCCAUGAUGAUUGUACCAGUCAUGCUGGGAAAUCAGGGAUCCAUGAUGGCUAGAAACAUGAUGAACAUGAUGCCCAAACCCAUGAUGCCAAUGAUGCAAAACUACCCCAUGCCUCAGCGCAUGAUGAUGCCCUCCCCCGCACCUGCAAUGGAGAAACCAGAAAUCAAAACAGAUGCAGCAGGUAGACAGACCCUGGAGUUUUAAGCGUGAAUUAGUUCUCCAUCGUCAUAUUCGGAUUAAACUAAUUACCGGAAAUAACUUUAAAAUGUUUAUUUAUCCCAAACUAAAGUCUGUGAUACUUUACGAAAAAUCUAGAAUAAACGUUUUUAUCUUCGUACCUGA